UCUUGCUGUUAGUUUAUACAGAAAGCAAUCUUUCUCAUGAAGUAAUGUGCAGAUUUUGUGAAUCAAGUGAUGGGCCAAAGAGAUAGAUGUAGAUCAUAAGCUUGCAAGGACUUGGAAGUCAAAUAUGUAAAAUACAUGAGGGCAAAAUGAUAAAAGAAACAAAACUCAUGUUUCAAUUAGGGAAUGUUCAUAUAAAUAGUGAAUUGGGAUUCCUUUUUAAUAUGUAGAUAACAGAUAAUAGCUGCAAUCUCUCAAACAUGCAUGUGAAUAACUUGCCAACUUCCAACUAUGAUGUGGCUCUUGCUCCAUCUGUGCCCUCUACGUGCAUGGAAACAGACAUGGCUUUCUCCACAGAAGAUGUUUAUGGCAGCUCAACACUCCAGAAACUGGCCAAGCAGCUCCAGUUUUCCACCCCAAUUGGUUUCAGACAAGUAGACAAACAGUUUGGUGAAGCCACAGGAUCAAAGCAUGAGCAAAAGGACUCAUCAUCAGCAGAAGAAAAUGAUAAUUUAUCCUUCUUAAAUUGGAGGAAGACGAGAGCAGCUGUCUUGAUUUGCCUCUUCGAGGGACAUGAAGGCGAGCUUCGUGUUAUUCUUACAAAGAGAUCCAUGAAGUUAUCUUCUCAUCCAGGGGAUGUAGCUUUACCAGGUGGAAAGAUGGAAGAGGGAGAUGCAGAUGAUUCUGCAACAGCAUUAAGAGAAGCCAUGGAAGAAAUUGGCUUGGAUCCUCAUCUCGUAAAAGUUGUUGCAAAAUUAGAGCCAUUCAUUUCCCAGCACAAACUCAGAGUUGUCCCGGUGGUAGGUCUACUUUCCAGGAUAGAAGAUUUCAAGCCUGUACUAAACACUGAUGAAGUUGAUGCCAUUUUUGAUGUUCCAUUGGAUAUGUUUCUCAAGGAAGAGAAUCAUGGAUGGGAAGAGAAGCAAUGGAUGGAGUGGAAGUAUGUUGUGCAUCUGUUUGAGUUUACAUCAGAGCAAGGAGUAUUCAAGAUAUGGGGCUUAACAGCGAGCAUUCUUGUUCAAGCAGCCUCAAUCAUCUACCAGAGGAUUCCUUGUUUCAGACAACAUCUCCCUGACUUUCAACAACUACAUAAAUCUUUGAAUUAUGAAACCUCACAAUUGCAGUAAUGUUUUAGCUAAGAUUAAACCUUUUUAUAUUAGUCACAUGUAUUAUUCAAAGAUAUGAGUGAU